UCGAUCCGAGGAUCGAAUUUUGCAACUUCAGCUUUUAAUUAGUAUAAAAACCUCGGGAUGCUCCAUGAUCAGUACACUUCAGUUUCUCCUUUCUUUGGACUUCUAAGAAAAGGAAUCUACUGUUCAAUAGCGAAACAUGUUGGCUAAGCUCCUUCUCCUCGCUCUGGUGGGGAUCAGUACUGCCUACCAGUACGAGUACCGCCGGGAGUUCUACUACAACCGACCGGAGAACAAGACCGGAUUCGAGUUCGGUGCCUGGGAACCGAACCGCGAGUACGUCUACAAUGUAACCUCCAAGACGAUGACGGCUCUGGCUGAUCUGGCCGAUCAGUGGACCGGAAUCGUGUCCCGUGCCUACCUGGUGGUGCGCCCGAAGGAUCCGGAAUACGUGGUUGUCUACGUCAAGCAGCCCGAGUAUGCCGUUUUCAACGAUGUGCUGCCCCAGGGAUACCGCACAGAGCUCCAAUACUGGAACGAUCUCAAGUUCCAGCCGAUGCCAAUGAGCAACAAGCCAUUCGCCAUCCGCUAUCAUAAGGGAGCCAUUAAGGGAUUGUACGUCGAACAGACCGUUCCCAACCAGGAGGUCAACAUCCUGAAGGCCUGGGCCAGUCAGCUGCAGCUCGAUACUCGUGGAGCCAACCUGAUCAAGUCCAAAUACAACCAGCUGCCGGAAAACAACACCCUGAACGCUGUCUACAAGGUCAUGGAACCAGUCGUCACUGGCGAAUGUGAAACUCUGUACGAUAUCAACCCAAUCCAGCCAUUUAUGAUCAAGGCUAACCGCCAAUGGGUUCCUCAGCCUCAGCUCCGUGAAGAUGGACAGUACUUCAUCCAGGUCACCAAGACCCAGAACUUCGACAAAUGCGAACAGCGCAUGGGAUACCACUUCGGAUUCUCCGGCGAGAGCGACUUCAAGCCAAACUCCAACCAGAUGGGCAAUGUUGCCUCCAAGUCCGUUGUCUCCAACAUGUUCUUGACCGGAACUCUGUACAACUACACCAUCCAAUCGUCCAGCACCAUCAACAAGGUUGUGAUCGCCCCAUCCCUGGUUAACAACGAGAAGGCCAUCGUCUACUCUCAGGUCAACAUGACCCUGAACAAGGUUCAGCCUUUCGAGAAACUCCCAAUGGGCCCAGCUGAAGACCGUCAGGUGUUCGUUGAUCUGGUCUACAGUUACAACAUGGCCAACGACAAGAAGAACGCCGUUCGUCCAGGAAAUGAAACCGAAUCUUCGUCGUCGUCUUCAUCAUCGUCCUCGUCCUCUUCUUCUUCAUCUUCUUCCGAAUCUGACUCCUCCAGCUCGUCGAGCUCAUCUGACUCCUCAAGCUCCAGCUCGGAAUCCAAGGAAAACCCAAAGGUCAGCCCAGUCGAACAGUACAAGGAAGAUCUGAAGCAGGCCGAGAAGCGUGGAAACCGCAACCGUCGUGAUCUGGAUGCCCAGAAGGAAAAGAAAUACUACGAAGCCUACAAGAUGGACCAGUACCGUCUGAGCCGCAAGAACGAUACCUCUUCCGACUCCAGCAGCUCCGAUGACUCCUCAUCCAGCAGUUCCUCCAGCUCCUCGGAAUCCCAAGAGAAGAAGGAUCGUAGAUAUCCUUCUGCCUCAUCUUCUUCCUCGUCUUCCUCUUCCUCAUCUAGCUCCGACUCUUCCUCGUCUUCCUCCUCGGAGUCCAACUCUCUGAGCAGCGAGGAAGCUUACUACCAACCAAUCCCAGAGAGCUUCAAGGAAGCCCCUCAAACUCCAUUCCUGCCAUACUUCACCGGAUACAAGGGAUCCAAUGUCCAGUACGCUCGCAAUGUUGAUGCUCCACGCACCAUCAACAAGCUGGUCCAGGAAAUCGCCGAUGAACUGCAAAACCCAUCCACCAUGCCUAAGUCUAACACCCUGAACAAGUUCAACAUUCUGUCCCGUGUCAUCCGCACCAUGGACUACAAGGACAUCUACGAGGUCGCUCAGAAGUUCUUCGUUUCCCAGAAGGAACGCAAGGAAGGAGAUAACAACAGCGAGAAAUUCGCCAAGCGCGUCGAUGCCUGGAACACUUUCCGUGACGCCCUUGCUGAAGCUGGAACCCCCCCAGCCUUCAAGGUCAUCAAGGAAUUCAUCGAAGAGAAGAAACUGCGUGGCCCAGAAGCCGCCAGCGUGAUCGCCACCCUGCGCCAAUCCAUCCGUUACCCAACUGAACCGCUGAUGCACGAAUUCUUCCUGCUGAUCACCUCAGACACCGUCCAGCACCAGGAAGGUCUUAACACCACCGCUCUGAUCACUUACACUAGCUUCGUCAACCAGGCUCAAGUUAACAACCGCUCUGCCUACAACUACUACCCAGUCCACAGCUUCGGUCGCUUGGCUGAUGCUGACUACAAAAUCGUCGCCCACAAGGUCGUCCCAUGGUUGGCCCAUCAACUGCGCGAAGCUGUCAAGGAAGCCGACAGCAUCAAGAUCCAAGUUUAUGCUCGCUCCCUCGGAAACCUCGGACACCCAGAAAUCCUGAACGUCUUGGAACCAUACCUGGAAGGCAAAAUCCGCGUCAGCGACUACCAACGCUUGGCCAUGGUUGUUGCCUUGGACAAACUGGUUGAAAACUACCCGAAAUUGGCUCGCUCUGUGCUCUUCAAGAUCUACCAGAACACCGCUGAUGUCCAUGAAGUUCGUUGUGCUGCUGUUCAUCUGCUCCUCCGUGCUGAUCCCCCAGCAGAGAUGCUCCAACGCAUGGCCGAAUACACCCACCAGGACCCCAGCCGUUACGUCCGUGCUGCCGUCAAAACUGUCCUCGAAUCCGCUUCCCAAGCUAAGGACUUUGAUCAAUACAGCGACUUGGCCCGCAACGCCCAGGCUGCCCUGAAGCUGCUGAACCCACGUGAUUUCAGCCUGCAGUACUCUUCCUCCUACGUCCGUGACUACGCCAUGCGUAACUUGGAAAUGACCUACCGCAUGUACGUCGGACAGAUUGCCUCCAACGACCAUGUUGUCCCCAACGGAAUCCUCUACCAACUGCGCAAGAACCUCGGAGGACUUAAGCGUCACUCUACCGUCUACUACUUGGUUUCGAGCAUGGAAGCUUUCUUCGACCUGAUCGACAAGCAAUACGAUGCCAGCAGCAUCCAGGAGAACUACAAAUCUGCCGAUUACUACUACAAGUACUACAAGCAGUUCCCCAACAAGAAGAACGAAUACUUCGAAAAGUACUCCAAGGCCCAUGGACCCCAGAGCGAUUACUACCAGCAAUUUAGCAAGAGCCAGAACGAAUUCAGCGACAAGGAACCGCAGAAGUGGUCUACCACCCGCAUCGCUAAGCUGUUGAACAUCGACCCACAGGAAGCCGAGGAACUCGAAGGUCAAGUAAUGAUGAAUCUGUUCAACGGUGAAUACUUCAUGGCUUUCAACAACCAAACUAUCGAAAACAUCCCACGCAAGGUCAAGGAAGUCUUCCAGGAUUUGGAAGAUGGUCUGAAACUGAACGUCACCAAGUUCUACCAGCAACAGGUUGUGACCCUCGCCUUCCCGUUGGCCUCUGGUCUGCCAGGUCUGUACUCUCUGAAGACCCCUACCGUUGUCAAAUUCGAAACUGAAGCCGCUAUCAAGACCUACCCAAGCAUCCACAAGAAGCCUGCUGGACACCCAGAAACUGAAAACGACGACUUUGUCCACUUCCCACGUACCUUGAACGGAUCCGUUGAUGUCAACAUGGUCUACCACCGUUUGGUCGACGCUAAGGUUGGAUUCAUCACUCCCUUCGAUCAUCAGCGUUACAUUUCCGGUUACCAGAAGAAGGUUCAAGGAUUCCUGCCUUUGAGCAUUGAAUUGGGCUUCGACUUUGAAAACGACCAAUAUGAAAUCGAGAUUGAACCCCUAGAACCCAAGAAGGAUCAGCUGCUGUUCCAUCUGAGCUCUUGGCCAUACACCGGAUUCAAGGACAUCACUGACAUGCGCCCAAUUGCCGAAAGCGCCAACGCUAAGAUUGUGCACCACGAAGAACAGACUGUCAAGUCUUUCGAACGUACCGUCGGUGAAGAAAUGGUUGGUUUGGGACUUCGCGUUCACGCCAAGUACGAUGCUGACUUCAUUAACUUCAACCGCGUCAUGGAGCUGGUUCAGGAACACGACUAUGUUUCUGCCCUGGUCUAUCCAUUUGCCGUUGAAACCUACCACUAUCAUCAGAUCAAUGUGUUCUACGACGCUCAGCGCAGCCCUGCCAAGACUAUCAAGUUUGUCGCUCACUACAAGGAAGGAGAUUUCGAUCAAGACUACCAACAGUCCGAUGUCAAGCACCCGAAGGGACGCCACGCUUACUCUGGAUACUACAACGAAGAAAACCUCGCUCAACCCUUCGUGUUCUCGCCCGCUAGCCAGCGUCGCCAGGAGCAGUUCAUCAAGAACGCCGCUGCUGGAAUCCGCAAUAGCGAUGUUUCUGUUUUGGAUUUGGGUAUCUCCUUCGAGGGUCGUCAACAGAAGAGUGAAUUCGUCAUGUCUGCUGCCUACGCCGACAGCCCAGUCGAUGAGAAGUCCCGCUUCUUGGUCUUCUUCUCUGGAAGCCCAUACACUCAGACCAAGGAAUUCUUCGGAAUCCCUUACAGCGGCAAACAGUUCCAAAUGUGCUUCACCGCUAACAACGAAUUCCCCAACGUGCCACGACUGAACUUCCUGAACGCCCUGAACAACGAUGUCAACUCUCAAGUUCACUGGGAGCUGUCUUACGGUGAGAAGUGCCAGGGUGGAUCCCAGGUCACCAUGAAGGGUAAACUCCAGCAAUCCGACCGUUACCGCCACUAUCUGCGCAUCUCGGAAGUUGGACAGGAAUGCAAGAAACAGAUGGACAACGGAGAGUACCAGCUUAAGGAGUGCCAGAAUGCCACCCGCCAGGCCAGCUACAUGGAUCAGUACAAGUUCAACUUCGAAUUCAAGAACGUCGACUCUUACUCCAAGAACCUGACCUACAAGAUGGUCGACUUCGUCCAGUACAUGACCUACCCAUACUUCACUUCGGAUUACUUCUACAAGGGCAAGAGCAACCAGCUGCAGGCCGAGUUCGAGAUGGCACCAUUCGGUGAAUACUUCAACUUCUCCCUGUCCGCCCCUGAGUUCGCUUUCGAGAUCGAGAACCAGCCAAUCGACAACUACUACGCCCGGUACUUCGCCGCCGUUCACGCCGAUCUGUCUGCCUACGAACGUCUCGCCACCUACGCUUACCGCGGAAACUACCAACCAUCCUGCGCUAUUUCCACCAAGAACAUCGAUACCUUCGACGGAAAGACCUACGAAUACUCGAUGGGACCAUGCUGGCACGUGUUGGCCCACACUGUGAAGCCUGACUACGAGUACUACGCUCAGCAGUCUCACUUCCAGAACGCCGAUUCCGAGUACCGCUUCAAGAACGGAUUCGAUGAGGAUGAGCAGAUCAGCAUCUUGGGCCGCGUUGGAGACAACGAUGAGCUCUACUUCAAGGUUAUUCUCGGACAGUACAAGCAGAACGACUACAACAUCGACAUCAUCCCAAGCGGACAAGAACUGCCAAAGGUUUACAUCAAUGGCAAGCCCCAACAGAUCCAUGAGAAAUAUGCCGUCGAACUGUACACCAACGACAACGGAGGUGACCAGCCACUGUUCCGUGCCUAUGCUCUGCCAGGCAAGGAGCUCGAAAUCAGCAUUCGCGAUGAUGAUCUGAAGAUUGUGUUCGAUGGCAAGCGUGCUCGCAUCUUUGCCGAUCAAUCGUACUAUGGAGACUUUGUCGGUCUGUGCGGAACCAACGACGGUGAAGUGUACAACGACUUUGUUACCCCCGAUCAGUGCUACAUGACCAAGCCCGAAUACUUCGCUGCUUCGUACGCCAUCACCGGACAACAAUGCGAAGGCCGCGCCAAGGCUUUCAACAUCGCCUACCAACAGAAGGCCAAGGAAGAUUGCGUCCGCGAAGAAGUCUACUACGGAAAUGUGAUCAGCGAACAGGAAGCUGGCCGCAAGCGUUACCGUUUCUACAACCACAACGUCGAAGAAUCUUCCAGCUCUAGCUCCUCUUCCAGCGAUUCUUCGUCUUCCUCCUCCUCCGAAUCGAACUCCAAGGCUUCGUCCUCCAGCGAGAACUCCAGCUCGUCCAGCUCCUCUGAGGAACAGCAAAAGGAAUACCAUCCCCACCAGCACGAUCACACCGUGAAGAAGUGCGAGAUCAAGCACCAGCACCAGUUCAUCGAUCGCGACGGCAAGAUCUGCUUCACCCUGCGCCCUCUGCCAGUCUGCGCCAGUGGAUGCGUCGCCACCGACAAGCCCACCAAGUACGUCGAUGUGCACUGCCGUGAUGCCUCCGACCCAGCUGCCAACCUGUACAAGAAGCAAAUCCUGAAGGGACAAUCCCCGGAUCUGUCUUCCCGCACGGUGUCGAAGACCGUCAAGUUCAACAUCCCCAAGGAGUGCGUCCACAGCCAGUAAGAAGCUGCUGCUGCCGUUCUACCUUUGAGGGUGUUUGAAGA